AUGCUGGAGAGGCAGCAACAUGCGCUGCGGGACGACGCCAGAGACGCCGCGCCGAGGUUGCCAGUCUCGCUCUCGGGAGAGAUCAACGCUGCCACACGUUCCCUCCACACAAACCUUAACCGCCUCAUAACCUCGCGCCUGCCGCUUGCGCUCCCGCCUUACACGACAGACGCCACACUGUACGCAACCGGCCUGCUGCAUUUCGCCCACAUCUUCCUCACCUUCGAGUCACUGUGGGCGGAUCUGCUGCGCGACCAUGCCCCAGCCUCACAUACCGCCUCCACACACCCCGCAGUCGAUUCUGAGCCCGCUUCCCCGCCCUUCUCGCCACUGCUCUCGUAUCUCCUCGUAAACCCGUACGACUCACCCUCGCUCUUCACGUCAACACUCGGUGCGCCAACACCGCCUUCCCCACAACUCGCUGCUUUUCUGAAAGCGCUGAGACCGAGGGGUUUGAUACGGUCGAGUCGGUUGAAGAGGGAUCUCGAGUAUCUGCUAGGAGUACACCCCACAGACCUCGAAGUCCUGCUAGCAAAGUACCCCGGAGACAAGGUCGCCGAUUUCUGCACACACAUCCGCAAGAGCGUGAAUGAGAAGCCUUGGACGCUAGUCAGCUAUGCGUGGUGUUUCUACAUGGCCGUCUUCUCCGGAGGCCGCUGGAUACGAAGCAUGCUCUUGAAAGCACCUCCAGGCUUCUGGCCAGAGCAAGACGGCGAAGCGCCGAGUCUAGAAGAGCGCGGCCUGUCAUUCUGGCAUUUCCUCGGACCCCACGACGGCGAAGACAUCAAAGUAGAUUUCAAAACCCAACUGCUCGCCGCGGAGACCCUCUUCACACCCGACGAGCGCGUCGACAUCAUCGAAGAAGCCAAGAACAUCUUCCGCCUCUGCGCCACACUCGUUGACGAGUUGGAUGAGUCGAUAGGCACAGAUAUGACGCGCAUGGAAGCGACACCCUCAGUUCACCCCGAACCCAAGAUAUCGAGUCCGACCCGAAAAGAGCCUCUCGUUGAUGCCAAUGUCGCUGUUAUCGGACAUGUGAUGAAGACGGGUGACCCGUUCAAGACAUUUCUCAGAAGGCCGGAGGUCACGGGGACGCUGGUUGCUAUUGGCUGUCUGGCUGUGGUCACGUUGUUCAAGUUGCAGUGA